AUGUCUGAGACGGAAGCAAAAACAAAACGGGAGAAAUUCCUGGCAGAAAUGCAGAAAGUUGCAGCAGAGGCUAGCAAGAAAACUCCAGAAGAGCUAGUGCUCAACUAUAAAGGGGUCCUGUACCCGAAUACCAUAUGCAGUAUUGAGACCUUUCAAGCCUUGGAAUCUUUGGAAGCCAGAGAGGAUGAUCUGAUAAUUGUGACAUAUCCCAAAUGUGGUAAGUGUUUGUAACACCCCCCCCAAAUGCCUGGUUUUACUGCAUUGUCACUUAGCAGUAGUUCGUGUGAAGCCUGUCGUGGAAUCCUUUAAAUAGGGAUUGUAUGUAGAUACAUUGUAUAACAGGAUUUAGCUGUCACUGGAUUCUAAGUAUGUUCUAUGAGUUGUAGUCAUUUUAUUGACCUUGAUUUGGUGGAUGGUAGAGUUCCCAUUACCAGGAAGUGAUCAGGCCAGUUUAGGUUUUUCAAAUCACACUAAUAAUUAGCUUGCUAUUUAAUUAGAGAAUUAUCAAACCACAGCAAUUGUGUUGUGACCCAGAAAAUUAGAAAUUUGCUAGCACAGCUUUUUAAGGCAAUUAUAUUAACCCCCUAGUGACAGGAGGCUAGGCAAUUUCCGCUAUGCAAUCACAGACCUGAAAGGUCCUUUUUUAAUGAAUGGGGCUGAAAAAAAACCCCUUAACUUCAUUGAGAACCAGAGUUGGUAAAAUAGCAUGUUAGUGUGGUAGCCCUGAUUGACCUUGAAGUAGUUAAAUUCUGUUUAAAUUCCAAAAAAAAGAAAACAACACAGCUCAAUGUAUGUGCUGGUUUCACCAGUUUGCAGGUUCGAAGUUGGAAAUAUGUAUUUUCCUGGGAAUGAAAAGUUUGCCUGUGUCUAUAUUUCUAGAACACUAUGGAUAAACAGUAAGAUAUAUAUAUGUGUGUUAUUGGCUGGUAGCCUAUUUGCCUAUUCUUUAAUCAAGUCAGGGAGGGAGCUGUGCAUGGCAGACACAGGUAAGAAGUCAAAUUAUUCAAAACCAGUUUGACUCCUUACAUUGAGAGGGAUGCCUGGACACAGCAAGCCUGACGUGGUUAUGCUGCUUGGAGUGUUUUAUGUAAGAUACAAGAAUGCUGAAAUUCAACUUAGAGCAGUGGCGAAUCUAUUUAAGAACAGUUUGACAAUGUACCUGGGGUCUGCCAGGAUAGGGGCUGUAGUACAUAGGGCCUCUACUAAUGUGUGAGUAGGCAGUGAGGGAUGCAGGUUGGGUAUUGGAGGCAGUGUGUGAAUGUGUAUGGGGGUGCAUUGUGUGUAGGAGGGGCAGUGUGUGUGUUUUGUGUGAGGGGUGUAGUGUGUGUGUACAUGGGAGUACAGUGUGUAUAUAUGGGGUGCAGUGGGAGUAAUGUGUGUGUAUGUGGGAGUGCAGUUGGGGAAGUGUGUCUGUUAGUGAGUGUGUGUCAGUGUGUUACUAUGUGUUUGUCUGUUAGUCAGUGUGUGUAUAUGGGGGGCUGUGGGGGCAGUGCGUGUGUAGUUGGGGAGGGGGCAGAUAAAACAAAUUAUUUUGUUUUCUGAUUAAAAAUAAUGUUCUUUACAUCCCCCCUCCCUUCUUACCUUUGCCCAGGGAGGGGGGGAUAUCAAUUGUGAAGCCCUGGUGGUCUGGUGAAGAAUCCCUGGCGGUUCUAGUGGGGAGUGAACUCUAACCUGCAUCUCCUGAGUUUAGAGUUCACUCUCGCAAGAAUGGAGAGUUGCCAUGGUAACCGCAGCAAUGCUCCAUGCUCCAAGAGGAGACCUGGCGGAGCUGCAAGCUAGAACUCACAGUGGGGAGUGAACUCUAGCCUGCAUCUCCUGAGUUUAGAGUUCACUCUCGCGAGAAUGGAGAGUUGCCAUGGCAGAGCUGCAAGCUAGAGCUCACGGGUCUCCUCUUUGGACCAGUGAGCGAGAUCUCUGGUUCGUGAAGACACCCAACAGGGCCGGCGCUUGCAUAGCGCCGACACUGCAGUGGAGAGCAUCGGCUCCCGGGGGCGUUGCCCUCCCCCGCCUCUCCCUGGAUCCGCCACUGACUUAGAGGAGCCUAUUUUUCAGGUACAGGUUUUAACACAUUAACUUGGGGUAAUGUCAAAUCCUUCUAUAUGUUCUGUAGAGACAAGUAGGAUGUGGGGGUCACAAAAUUCACUAAAGUGUGAAUUGUGGGAAAUUCAAAGUGACUCACAUUUUAGGCCAAAAUAGCUAAACUGAAAACUUAGCUGACCUGCAGAUCAUAUUUGAUAUGACUUUGAAUUCCUUGGAACAGCAAACUUGGAAGUGGGCAGGUACUUCACUUUCUUAUAUAUGGUGACAGAAGUGAGGGGGCUAUUCAAUAAGUAUACACCCAUAAUAGUUUUUCUUGGUCUUGAAUUCUGGUUUGGGGGUGGACUCAGAAUAUGAAAACUGAGAAUGGGCAAAAGCUCAGAAAACUCAAUAGCUUGUCCUUUGUUUUGUUUCCACUCAGGUCUCAAAAAAAGUUUAAUUCCCUUGUGCCAUUGCAGAGAGAAACUAUACAUAGAAACAUAGAAUGUGACGGCAGAUAAAAACCAUUCGGCCCAUCUAGACUGCCCAAUUUUCUAAAUACUUUCAUUAGUCCCUGGCCUUAUCUUAUAGUUAGGAUAGCCUUAUGCCUAUCCCAUGCAUGCUUAAACUCCUUUACUGUGUUAACCUCUACCACUUCAGCUGGAAGGCUAUUCCAUGUAUCCACUACCCUCUCAGUAAAGUAAUACUUCCUGAUAUUAUUUUUAAACAUUUGCCCCUCUAAUUUAAGACUGUCCUCUUGUUCUGGUAGCUUUUCUUCUUUUAAAUAUAGUCUCCUCCUUUACUGUGUUGAUCCCCUUUAUGUAUUUAAAUGUUUCUAUCAUAUCCCCCUGUCUCGUCUUUCCUCCAAGCUAUAGCUAUACAUGUUAAGAUCCUUUAACCUUUCCUUGUAAGUUUUAUCCUGUAAUCCACAAACCAGUGUAGUAGCCCUUCUCUGAACUCUCUCUAAAGUAUCAAUAUUCUUCUGGAGAUACGGUCUCCAGUACAGCGUACAAUACUCCAAGUGAGGUCUCACCAGUGUUCUGUACAAUGGCAUGAGCACGUACCUCUUUCUACUGCUAAUACCUCUUCCUAUACAACCAAGCAUUCUGCUAGCAUUUCCUGCAGCUCUAUUACAUUUAAGUCAUCAGAAAACCAUUACCCCUAAAUCCUUCUCCUCAGAUGUUGAGGUUAGGACUCUAUCAAAUAUUCUAUACUCUGCCCUUGGGUCUUUACACCCAAGAUGCAUUAUUUUGCACUUAUCCACAUUAAAUGUCUGUUGCCACAUCUCUGACCAUUUUUCUAGUUUGCCUAAAUCAGGGGUAGUCAACCUGGUCCCUACCGCCUAGUGGGCGGUUUGGGAUUUCAGGUGGGUGGUGGUGGGUUCUGCAGAAAACGCCCAGUGAACCUCGAUGGCCGUUGAUUGCCUUUUAUCUUCUCUGCCGGCCUUGCAGUAAGCCCUCUCAGGUUGCUGAGGACAUCAAAGACUUCCCUCAAUGACCAGCUGGCACUUAGUUCCAGCAGAGGGAGGGAAGGGCCUGGAAGGCUCUGUGUUCCUCCCGUGAGCAGGCUGGUCGGAGUGUUUCUGCGCGUUAUAAUGGCAAUGUUUCGAUACAGUGCUGUGCUCGCAGUAGGACAGUAGAGAGUCAUGCCACCACUGGACCACCAGGGCUUACAGCAUUAUGCACCCCCCCCACCCCCUGGUAAAAGGUAGAAGAAGGGAGGGGGAAACAUUAAGAUAGAUUUUCACAUAUCACCCACCUACACACAGCAUAGACCCCAUGCAUCCUUCACAUACACACUGCCCCCUCUCAAACUUACUGUCCCUCACACAAGCACAGCACCACUUACACAUGCACAGCAACUCUUUACACAUACUACACCCUUCACACACACACACACACACACACACACAGUACCUCCCAUACACACACUGGAAAAAAAGUAGAAAGAAAAUUAAUAAAAGAUCUAUAAAAAAUUGCACUUGCGCUAUAAAAUUAGUUACUGCGGCACUGUUGGGUGGUAAGGACAUUUUACUGUCAACAAAGAAACAAAAGUGGGCGGUAGGUAUUAAAAGGUUGACUACCCCUAACCUAAAUCAUUUGCCAUUUGGCUUAUCCCUCCUGCAACGUCAACCCUGUUACAUAUCUUAGUAUCAUCAGCAACUUGACAUUCCUUACCAGCAAGACCUUCUGAAAUAUCACGAUUAAAAAUAUUAAAGAGAAUGGGUCCAACUACAGAUCCAUGAGGUACCCCACUGGUAACAAGACAAUGCUUAGAAUAUUCUCCAUUGACAAUAACCCUCUGUUGCCUGUCACUCAGCCACUGCCUUACCCAUUCAACAAUAUUGAAUCCAAACUCAGAGAUUGCAGUUUAUUCAUAAGCCUUCUAUGUGCAACAGUGUCAAAAGCCUUACUGAAAUCUAGGUAAGCAAUGUCUACUGCACCACCAUGAUCUAUUAUUUUAGUUACACAAUCAAAAAAAUCAACAAGUUUAGUUUAGAAUGACAUCCCUGAAGUAAACCCAUGUUGUCUCUGAUCUUGAAAUCCAUGUGAUUUUAGAUGUUCAACAAAAUCCUAUCCUUUAAAAGGACCACUCUAGGCACCCAGACCACUUCAGCUUAAUGAAGUGGUCUGGGUGCCAGGUCCAUCUAGGGUUAACCCAUUUUUUUUUAUAAACAUAGCAGUUUCAGAGAAACUGCUAUGUUUAUUAAUGGGUUAAGCCUUCCCCCAAAGCCUCUAGUGGCUGUCUCAUUGACAGCCACUAGAGGCGCUUGCGUGCUUCUCACUGUGAUUUUCACAGUGAGAGCACGCAAGCGUCCAUAGGAAAGUAUUGUAAAUGCUUUCCUAUGCGACCAGCUGAAUGCGCGCGCAGCUCUUGCCGCGCGUGCGCAUUCAGCCGACGGGGCGGAACGGAGGAGGAGAGAAGGAGGAGAGCUCUCCGCCCAGCGCUGGAAAAAGGUAAGUUUUUACCCCUUUCCCCUUCCAGAGCCGGGCGGGAGGGGGUCCCUGAGGGUGGGGGCACCCUCAGGGCACUAUAGUGCCAGGAAAACGAGUAUGUUUUCCUGGCACUAUAGUGGUCCUUUAACACGGUUUCCAUUACUUUCCCCACUACUGAAGUAAGGCUUACUGGCCGAUAGUUGCCUGACUCCUCCCUACUACCUUUCUUGUGAAUGGGCACAACAUUUGCUAACUUCCAAUCUUCUGGGACUACUCCUGUUAACAAGGAUUGGUGAAAUAAACCUGUUAAUGGUUUUCCUAGUACACCACUAAGCUCUUUUAAUAACUUUGGGUGUAUUCCAUCAGGUCCCAUUGACUUAUUUGUCUUUACUUUUGACAGUUGAAGUAGAACCUCUUCCUCUGUAAACUCACAUGAAACAAAUGACUCAUUUGUCCUUUUUCCUAACUGAGGUCCCUUUCCUUCAUUUUCAUCUGUAAAUACUGAACAAAAAUAUUCAUUUAGGCAGUCAGCUAGACCUUUAUCCUCUUCUACAUACCUUCCUUCUUUUGUUUUUAAUCUAACUAAUCCUUGUUUUACUUUUCUUUUCUCAUUUAUGUAUCUAAAAAAUGUUUUAUCCCCCUUUUUUACUGACUGUGCUAUUUUCUCUUCUGUGUGUGAUUUGGAAGCUUUUAUAACUUGCUUAGCCUCUUUCUGCCUAAUCUUAUAGAUCAUUUUGUCUCCCUCACUCUGGUUUUUUUUAUAAUUCCUAAAUGCUAACUUUUUGUUUUUAACUAUUUUGGCCACAUCUGCGGGGUACCACAGUGGUUUCUUGAAUUUUUUGCUUUUACUGACAAGCCUAAUGCAAUUUUCUGUUGCCUUCAGCAGUGCAACUUUUAAAUAAUCCCAUUUCUCUUGGACUCCAUUUAAACUGCUCCGGUCUGAUAAUGACUCAUUUUACACAUAUUCUAAUUUUAGAAAAGUCUGUUUUUCUAAAGUCUAAAACUUUUGUUUUUGUGUGGUGUGACUCAGACACUGUUCUUAUAUUAAACCACACUGACUGAUGAUCACUGGAUCCUAAACUUUCACCUACAGUAAUAUCUGAUACCAAAUCUCCAUUUGUUAACACUAAAUUUAAUGUGACCUCUUUACAAAUUAAAAGAAACAAUGUGGAAAUAGUAUACCCGUAUUGAGGUGCUAGGAACCUAUAGAGAGUACCAACGGGAGGCUGAACAUACAAAUCAGAAAACAAAAAAGAAUUUAUUACAUUUGUUUAAAAAUUGCCAAAAAAUUGGCAAUCACCCAAGUGUUACACACAAACUAAAUAAGGUGUAAAAAUAAAAUAAAUAAAAGAAAAAGAAACUAGCUUGAUAACUGAAGAUUGAAAAAAGUUCUAACGUUGCACUCUGUUGAUUCUCUGUUAAAGCUCACGUCUGUGCUAAACAGGAGUAUAAUACAAUUCUAUAGUACAAUUCUGUUUCAAUGGUUCCAUCAAGUAAAAUCUUAAUUUUGUGAUCUAAGAACACAAGUUGUUCAUCAUCAAUUACAUGCGUCAAUUUGAGACCGAUGGUGUUGUCAUUGAGUAAUUUAACCAUUUCUUCAAAUUGGGUAACUAGCCCAACCAAAAAAACAAAAUAUCAUCGAUGUAUCUAUGCCAAUUAUAGAUAUAGGACUGAUAUGUAUCUUUAAUGGUAGGUUCCACAUCGUUUCCUCCCACCAACCCAGGUAUAUUUUUAUGGUACAUAUCCCUACUAAUUUUCUAUCUUUGCACCAUUAUUAUUUUAAUAAAUUGAUUCCAUCUAGCCUUCCUAAGUCAUCUCACUUUGUUUUAUAUCAAAAAAUAUCCUUUCUUCUUAUCAUAAUAAAUAAAGUUUCCACUCAGACUUGAUCUUUAGCUACUCUAAUUUGUUUACAUAUUAUUUUUAGACAAUUAUAUAUUUUUACUUUUUAUUUGCGACAGUAUAUAGCAUUCUUAAUAUCUCUUAUUUUGACAGUAUUAAUUUACAUUUCUCCUUUUAUUUGACACUAUCACUAUACAUUUAGAGUCUUCAUUACGUUAUAUUCGUUCACACCAGCAGGGGAAUCUCCCACUGCUUUAAUUUAGUUCUUUUCGUGUAAAUACAUUGUUGCCAUCAUCCUCUGCUAUUAACUGUGUUACACUCAUCCACACCAGCAGUGAUAGUUCUCACUGCUGUAAUUCAGUUUCUUCCGUUGUAAUAUAUAAAAAAUCUUUGCUAUUAUCUCUCUCUUUGUCUGGGAGUGUAGGGGUUGACACUAUCCCCUUUCUGGACGUCAUGAAUUGGGCGUAUCUAGUUCCAUGACGUUAAGCUAUUCACCAAUCAGAAGCAUUCUUUUCUGACCAAUUAUGAGCUAUCUGCUCUCUUUUAAACCGAGUGUUUCACACCGACCGGUUCCCUUCUGACGAGCCUGGUCGGGUGAAACGUGCGCGUCAAGGGAAUUAUCAUGCAGCUUGCAACAUCAAUUUGAUACUUCGUUUCUAUGAUUGCACUCUACUCUUUUGACACAAUUAAUUAGGGGGGUUGGACCUAGGUGCCCUUGAAGGCACGGGGAGGUUAUUUGGUCCGUUUACUAACAGGAAUUAUUAUUUUUUUUUUUUUUGCGGAUUGUUUUCCCCUCUUUAUACAAUAACCUAUUCUAUCAGGGGGGUUGGUUUUAGGUGCCCUUGAAGGCACAGGGUUGUUUUCCAUUUUGAGCUCCCAUCAUUCUCCUCUUUCUCCACUUACCACCCUGUGAGCAUAACACACUAGUAGUUUAUCACAACCUAGAAUCCUCUCAACAUUUAUUCUAUCUUUUUUAGCCAUUCUAAAAAGAGAUUAUAACAUCCAGGUAUACUAUCUGUACCACCUGUAUAAUCUAUUUCUAUGGAAUUUUACAUGCUAACCUUUUGGUUCUAAACUUCCCUGUGUUACAUAGUAAUUCACUGCCAGUUUAAUAUACAGCAAAAUUACAGGGCAACCAAUUUGGUAACAGUUACCGAUGAAUGGUUAUAUGUUACCAUUCAUUUACUGAGCCUGCUCACACCUUCUAUUAAGGCUCCUUCUAUCGAGGCAAUUCAUUUGUUAUCUAUACAUAGGAUUUUUAUCCUUUACACCUCAGGGUAUGUUAUCCUUCCCCCUUCUAUACUUUAUGUCUAUCAUAUACUCCUGUUUAGCACAGACGUGAGCUUUAACAGAGAAUCAACAGAGUGCAACGUUAGAACUUUUUUCAAUCUUCAGUUAUCAAGCUAGUUUCUUUUUCUUUUCUUUUUAUUAUUUAUUUUAUUUUUGAUUUUUAUACUUUAUUUAGUUUGUGUGUUACACUUGGGUGAUUGGCAAUUUUUAAACAAAUUUAAUUAUUUUUUGUUUUCUGAUUUGUAUGUUCAGCCUCCCGUUGGUACUCUCCAUAGGUUCCUAGCACCUCAAUACGGGUAUACUAUUUCCACAUUUUUUCUUUUGAUUCCACUAGGGGUUACCUCCCUCUCUUUUAGUAUACCAUAGCGAGCUGUACUUUAUUUGUUUCUCUUUACAAAUUAGUUUCUCAACAACUUGUUUAAAGGACCACUAUAUGCACCCAGACCACUUCAGCUUAAUGAAGUGGUCUGGGUGCCAGGUCCAGCUAGGGUUAAGCCUUUUUUUUAACAAACAUAGCAGUUUCAAAGAAACUGCUAUGUUUAUAAAUAGGUUAAUCCAGCCUCUAGUGGCUGUCUCACUGUCUGCGCUUGCGUGCUUCUCACUGUGAAAAUCAGUGAGAAGACGCCAGCGUCCAUAGGAAAGCAUUAUGAAUAAUCUUAAUGCCCAACACGCAGAACUUAAGUAACAGAAUAAUAAAACAAAGAAACCCUAAAGCGUAUAACCGGACCCUAGAAUGUCCGGAUUUAACGUUAUUAAUAAUAAUAAUUAUGAAUGCUUUCCUAUGAGACUGGCUGAAUGUGCGCGCAGCUCCUGCCGUGUAUGCGCAUUCAGCUGAAGAGGAGGAGAGGAGGAGGAGAGCUCCCCGCCCGGCGCUGGAGAAAGGUAAGAUUUUAACCCCUUCCUCUCCCCAGAGCCCAGCGUGAGGGGGUCCCUGAGGGUGGCUGCACCCUCAGGGCACUAUAGUGCCAGGAAAACGAGUAUGGUUUUCCUGGCACUAUAGUGGUCCUUUAAGAGACAAUCCCAGUAGGGAGUUUAGAAUAUGUGUGCUCCUGGCACAAGCAGCGAUUUUGUUUUUCCAAUUUACAUAAGGAAGAUUAAAGUCAACCAUGAUGAUAACUUCCCCCUUCAUUGUCAUUUUAGCUAUUUCCUCAACUAGUAGAUUAUCUAGCUCUUCUAUUUGUCCCUGGGGCCUAUAAAUCACACCUACACGAGUUACUGUGUGAUUACCAAAUUCUAACAUAACCCAAACGGACUCCAUGUUCACCGCACUAACUAGGCAUUUGCCUUGGGCGGCAGUUUCCAGGGGGCGGCAAAAAAAGCCGCCUCCAAAUGCCCAGGGCAAAUGUCUUGUUAGCCUUGCGGCUAACUAAAAAUCCAGUCGGGCGGCGCUGGCGAGGGAGCACUUUACCCUGAGCUGUCUGCUCAGCUCCCUUGCGCGCCGCCGAGUAAUGCCAGGAGCCGGAAUAUUGCAGGUAAUAUUGAAGGUAAGGAGGCUAGGGGGGUUAUCUGUUAGUGAGAGUCUAUGCGUGUCUGUUAGUGAAUGUGUGUGUCUGCUAGUGAGUGUGUAUGUCUGUUAGCUAGUAUAUGCGUGUCUGUGUAUUUAGAAGGCGGGGCGGGGCGGGGCUUCUGAGUUCUGUCAUGCCUAGGGCAGCGCAAAACCAGGAUACACCACUGAUGCACAGGCCGAACUUCAGAGAAUGACCGUGUGGAAGCAGCCUGCCGUAGAUCAUUGGCAAAAACACAAAAAACUUCCUUUACCUCUGAAACUUCAUUGGAAGCCAAGUAAUUUGUCCCUAGAUGGACAAGUACGUCCAAUUCCCUUCCUGCUUUGCUUGCUUAACAAUAUUACAAAUAAGUCUCCUGUCUGUUAGCAGUAGCUCCAGGAAGACCUCUAACAAGGCCACUAUUGUCCAGCUCUUAUGAUAGAAUCCCCCAACAACAACUGCUUCCUAUCAGGCCUCACCUUAUCCUUUGUCACUGGCCUUAACCUUUUUGUCAGUUAUAAAAUUGUAAGUGUUUUUCAGGUGGACAUGAGUGGUAACUUUUUGAGUUCUCCUCCUGACAUGUAUUUGUUUGGUUGUCUUUUUAGUGUUUGUUGAGGAGAACACAAAGGAAGGAUAGCGUGUUUUUCACAAGCAUGUGUUUAUGGUAUUAUUUGUUUAGCACUUAACCCCCUAGGGCAAGCAUGUCAAACUCGCAGCCCACAAUGAAUAUUUUUGUGUCCCGGCGACCCGCGAGUUUGCCAUGCUUACUAAAGCAGAGUAGGCACCUGCUCUCACCACAUUGCAGAUGCCUACUCUGCCAAAUUUACCUGGCUGGGGAGGAGAGGUCCCCGGUGGCAGCAAGGGAAUUCAGUCUACCUGCGCCUCACUGCUCCCUCGCACUUGCCGUUUGUAGUGAUGACGUCAUUCUGGCACCACUAAACUGCGCGCGUGAGGGAGCAGGAAGACUGAGCUCCUGAGAGAAGAUCAGGGAGAGGCCCCACACUAGCUCACAAAGGUAGGGAGCAAUAAAUCAAAUGAUGUUGGUGUUUGUUCCUGUCAGUGAGUGUUGGUCAGUGUUGCGAUGGGCGCGGCUGAACAGUGGAGAACCUGGAGGUGCACGGAGGCACUCAAUGCCACGUCACGUCACAUUCUGACGUAACAUCAACGUGCUCCAUCUUCACAGGUUUUCAAGGAGUAGGGGAGGAUCUGUUUGGCACAGGAUGCGGACAGCGCCAUUGGGGUAUAUCAGAGGCUGGACUCCGGAGUCGCAUAUUGACAGCGGCACUGUGAGUGGAGUCUGUUUGUUGGCUAAUAUUGUUUUUUUUUUUUUUUUAGAAGAAAUGCAAAGUGACCUAAAUAUGUCCACUCUGAGAAUGUAAGGUUUUGUUUUUUUGCGGCCCACGUAAACUUAAACCUUGUUUAUGUGGCCCGUGCUAGCCCUUGAGUUUGACAUGCUGCCCUAGGGCCUCAUUACAUAUAUAAAUUGCUUAAUUUCUGAGGAGAUGUCAGAAUAAUCUUAAUGCCCAACACGCAGAACUUAAGUAACAGAAUAAUAAAACAAAGAAACCCUAAAGCGUAUUACCGGACCCUAGAAUGUCCGGAUUUAACAUUAAUAAUGAAAGGACGAGGUCAGGGGAACAGUGUGUAUGUAAAAGGCUAGACAAGCCAAAGGUCAAAUUACACAGGAAUUAAUAGAAAAAAAGUGCUCUCAGAUAACCAAAAUGGAAACCACGACAAGGCACUAAAGAAAAUACAAAAAAUGUUUAAAUAGCCUAAGAACGUCUGUUACAAAUCAUGUGAUCCCUGAACGUGCAUGCAUGAUGUGAGACCUAUGGAGACUUAAAAUGCUCUGACGUACAAUGGCCUGCAUCUCUAGUACUUUGAGAGCUGGCCUCACUGACAGUCCAGUUCUUCGUAUAGCAUAAUAGAAUGCGAGAGAUGUAUACAGACUUGUAAUAAAAUAGUAGUAUACAUAAAUUGUAGAUCUAUUGAAAUAACUUCAUUAAUAACAGAUGACUAAAAAAGAAAGGGAAAUAAUUCCAGCAGGCAACUAAGGAAAAUGUGGUCAAUACUCUUGUAAAUAGGACAUUUGAGUCGAGGUCCUAGCUAUACUAUCAUGUACAUAGUGUAUUUUAGUUUAUAAGUUAUUUGUGCAUACAUUCUCAAAAAAUGUGUAUAGUGUAAUGCAGGCUAUUGCAUGGGAGAGCAGUCAAGGGUAAGGAGUCAUGAUUUCAUGACAUGGAGGCUUAAUAAUAAAGGCCCCAAAUCCUUAACUAUAUCUGUCUUUUUGUUCCUCAGCAGACUAAUGUAUAUCCUUUAAAGUUCAUUGGGCUACUACCUUUUAUUCAGAUUGUUUCAGGGAGGGGACGUGGGUCAGCUUCCAAUAUAAGUGAAUCAAUCUACAAGCUGUCCCCAAUUGCAACCACAGUGGAGUUUCUGGGCAUCUUUGUAAAGACUCUACGGCCUCCCAAGAGUGUUUAUGACAGUGAGAUGGUUUGAGAGGUAUGGAAGAGACCUUUGGCAAAAUUAAACACUAUAGUGUCAGGAACAAUUAUUUCUGACACUAUAGUGCUAAUCUCACUGCGUCUGGCCCCACCUGGUUCUACCUCCAUGGCUGAGAUCAUCCUUGAUUUAUGUUAAUCCAAUGCUUUCCCAUAGGAAAAAUGAAACAAUGCAUCUCUGUAAAGAACGGUCAGUGCCUCCAUGCAGAGUGUGGAGACCAUGAAGGCCAGUGCUGUAUAUUGGACUAGGAAGCACCUCUUGUGGCUGCCUGAAUGACUUCCACUACAGGUGUUACUAGGCACCAAUGUACAUUAAAAAGAUGGCAGGGAGAGGCUAGAGACAACAGAACCACUACCUUAAGCGGUUAAUGAUCUCCUGCUGAAAUGGUUGUAUGGCAGUACAAGACCACCAAUUGCGUUCCAUAGUACCAACAGCUAAAGAGCAUAUCCAGCACUGCUAGAUUCAGGUAGAAUGUAUAUAGAAGGGAUGAGAGAAUGUAUAUAGAAGUGAGAUAACUGUCUAUUCACAGAUACUCCAGGUAUGCGAAUGUUUUAUACGUACCUCAGUGCUUCCUUAUUGGGUUGCCAAAAAGGAAGCACUGAGGUACAUAUAAAAUGAGUAAAUUGGUUCAAGCUAAACAUCUUUAAGGUCGUUGGUGGUCUAUUACCCAAAACCCGAGUACACUCCAUAAUUUGAUCAUUGUGUUGUCACAAGCUUCCUUAUCUAUCGCAAACCCAGCCUGAUAAAAGUAGAGAAUUCCAGGCAAUAGGGGCUUGCGGCGAAGGGCUAUCAUUUUUGCAAAUAAUGUCAAGUCUGUGUUGAUUAGUGAGAUGGGUCUGUAACAACCACAUACCAUUAAAUCUUUCCCAGGUUUAGGAAUAAUCGCAAUAAAAAGGCACUUAAUGUUGGUGGUGCAAUGGGCAUCUUGGGAGAAACAUUAGUGAAGUGCAGAGGAAAUGUGAACUUAAAAGUGGCAGACAGGUUUUAUAAUAGCGAGUUGAAAAAUCGUCUGGACCAGGAUUCUUGCCAACAGGGGUGGAUUUUACUGCCAUCAUCCAUUCCUCCUCAGUAAAAGGCAUAUCCAGCACCAUCGCUGGGGAGAUCACUGAGUAAAUAUUAGUAUUACCAUAGUCUAUGAUAUCUGAGGUCAGUGGUCUAUUUAGGAUUUGUGCUGCCGCCCUUUCCUGUCAAGGCUGCACUAUGACUGACAGACGCACACAUUCACUGACAGACGCAUACACUGACAAACAAUGACAUACACACACUCACUGAUUUGACACACUGAUAGACAGACAUGCACUAUUACUCGGACACUCACUGACAGAUGCACACUCUCACUGACAGACGCACACUCUCACUCAAAUUCACUGACACACACACACACACACAUUUCCCCCACUCACAAUUAUUAAUAUUUUUUUUAAAAAAUUUUGGGAUAGCUGGGUGGAUUUUUCACCUGGGGUCCAGUGGGCCUGCUGGGCAGGGAGGUGGCCGGACGUGCAGACGGCGAGGGAGCACUUUCCCCUGAGCUCUCUCAGCUCCCUCGUGUGCUGCGGAGUGAUGCCGGGAGCCAGAAUAUGACGUCAUAUUCCGGCUCCCGGCAUUACUGCGGGUUGCGCAAGGGAGCUGACUGUAACGAGAAUAUACCCCUACACGCAGGAUCCAGCUAAACAGAGGCAAAUACAGAGGAGAGAUACGUCUACCGGACCUUAGAAUGGCCGGACUCGACGUAUAUGAGAGAAGACAGAGCCAGGAACAAACCGAGGUCAAGGGCACAGAGAGACAGCGUAAACUAGGACAAGCCGGGGUCUGGUACACGGAAAACAGCAAGCCGGCAAACAGUACAGAUAAGGAAAAAGCGAAAACGAAGUCAGAAUACGAAGCCAAAGUCAAUACGAGAAAACACAACUGAACACCACAAGCGCUAAAGGGAACUGAAACAGAAACCACGAUAGGGCAACGAGCUAAGGGAAAAAGGUAAGUUUAAAUAGCUUUAAAACGAAAGUGAUUGGCUCCUGUCACUUCCACACCCCCUAUAGGUAAUUGUACAGGGAGUGUGGUAUGACAGGAGCCAAUGGGAGUCUUUUGGCAAUUAGGCUCCCACUGUCUCUUUAAGAGCGCGCCCGAGACUCGCGGCGCGCUCUUAGUUUCAGGCGGGACACGUGACCGCCUCACGCGGUCACUGCCCGCCUUCCAUCCAAAGUAGUUGGAUGAGCCGCGCGCGGCUCGUGCAGCCGCAGGACCGCGCGCGGCUUGAAGAGAGGACCGCGACCAGCCCCCGGUUAAGGUAAGUAACGCUACACUGACAGAGAACUCAGGGGAAAGUGCUCCCUUGCCGCCUGGGGAACCCAAAGGUGGCCAGCUAGCCAGUUCUUGGGCUCCCAUAAAACGAGGCAAACAAGGUAUUUUCCUGGGUAUUUGGGGGCGGUGUUUUUUGCCGCCCACUGGAAAUUGCCACCCAGGGCAAAUGCCUUGUUUGCCUCGUGGUAGACACAUCCUUGUCUGAGGUAUACAAGCUGGCUUUGGCAAGUUACAUAAAUGGUGAUGGGGGAACUCUGGCAAUACAACAGUGAUAAUGUUCUGAGUAUCAUUUUAGAAACAAAUUAAUUCUGGUGCCUCUGUUUCAAGGCUUUGCUCACAGUUUCCCCACACUCAUUGCCAUAUGCAUAAAAUAUUUUCCUCGUUAAGAGGGUAAUAUGCUGGGCUUCUAGUUUCAACCAUUCACAGAGUGCAGUUGAAAUGCUCUGUGCAUGGCUGAAGUGGCCUAUCCUCUCUAGGAUCCUGCAUUCUGCUUGGCAGAAUAAACUUCUGGGUAGACUUCAGAAUGCAGCACAGGUCCCAGAGACCUAUUUAUUUAAAGGGCAAGACACAAAAAUGUUGGAUGGACCUAGCAAAAUUAGGAUCGUUGGCAUUUGUUUGUGAUACUAAUUGUGUCAUAUGCACACACCUCUACCUCCUGAUUUAUUUAUUUUCACCAAGCAUGCCAAUCCUGGCAGGUGUUUGUGCACAGCAGUACUGGCACAUUUGUUUCUAUGCAAACCGAACUUAGCACAAAUAUACACAUUGCUGUUGUGAACAUUAGGGAGCCUGUAAUAUCCCCAUCUAGGGUUUUUAAGUGAUUUAACUUACGUGUUAUAUUUUUUUGUUUUGUUGUACAGGAACAAAUUGGGUAAUCCAGAUAUUCCAUGAAAUUCUGUUUUCAAUGCAAAAUAAGGAGGUGACGAUUAAUCAAGCAAUGAUUGAAUUUGGAAAACCUGAAAAAGUAGAGGUCAGUAUAUCAGGGUUAUAUUGUUUUUAUGUGUGUGUGUGUGUGUGUAUUAAUGCUUUUGCAUUAAAUGUGGGAGGGGUAUGAUUACCCUACUUAAAGGAACUCCAUACCGUUCUUGCAUGUGGCUACUCUGGGCCACAUGCAAGUCACUAUCUUGCAAACUUACAUGAUUUCUAUGUGGUAUUACCUGUAUAUGUUGUUUUCCUAUACAUACAGGAUUGACCCCUCUUUAGCUCUCUGAGGACGGAACCAGAAACACUCCAAAAACGUAAGAUACUGAACUAAACAUUGAGACAUGGUCAGAGGUCCCACCACGUCACCAUGGUUCAGAUCUAUCUCACUGCUUAAAUCCUUUCGCACACAUCUUUUUGUAUGUUAUUUCGUAUUAAUGUUGGUUCAUUUAAAACUUGCGAACGGUUUCGUUCUAUUCGUUCGCAAGCUUUCGGGACCUCUAGUUGUAUUUUCAUAUGCUUCAUAUUCCGUUUUGGCCAUUCAUACGAAUGGCUUUCGCAUUUUGCUUGCUGGGUCGGGGAAGCGUUUGUCUAUUUUUCAACGAACGCUCCCCUUUCGUGUAAAUGUAACCAAGUCAGCACGAAAGCCCUGUGGCCGAAUAGAGCGUUUAGUGCAAAAUUCGAACAAUUUUAAAGCACACAGUUCUCAAAUUCAUACAAAACUAUUCUGCACCAUGCAUUAUGGUUAUGCGAACGCAAAUACUGACGUCUAGUGGUUGUUCUAAAAGUAUAAGUUAAAUUGCUGAAUUACUGAAGUAUGAUGUACAUUGCUAAAGAAUAACUGGUCAUCAUAAUAUUACGUAUAUAGGUAUCUCAACUACGUGUAUUAGGAUUAUAUCUGCUAAUGCUCUAUGUAUGGUUUACUUAAAUCAAUGUCAUUUCUGUAUUCAUUUUUACAAUCCAGUAUGGUUCCAGAUACUCGUUUGGUGUAUUCCUUUCCUCAUAUUAAUAAGUUUAGAUUUUCCUAAGUCACCUACAAUUUCAAUUCUAUACUAACUCACCAAAUCAACACAGCAUAUUCUAUGCUCUCUACACCUUUAGUACGGUUACUACAUUUUAAUAUAGGACUACUGGUUGCUGAACUCUGUAUCUAUAAUCAAGGAAGUUCUGGUCCUACUGGGGAUUAGAGGCUAUCACUUGUUCUAGAUAGUACAUUACAAGGUUCUCAGUUUGCGGGACAACAUUUGCUCAUACCCUUGUACGUUAAUAUAUUCAGUAAAUAGGGUCCACGUUUUGACCCUCAUGAUUUUAUAUAUCCUACAUUCCAACACAUUUGUUUUUUGUGUUCAUUGUUAGAUUCUAGGUAUCAACUUAUUUUCUAUGUGACCGCCUAAUUGUGUGCCUCACUGCUCUCAGUAUACGGUAGGUUACCAGUUUCUAAUUUUAUAUCAUUCCACAUCUCCUACAACAUUUUUAUUCAUCCCCCAUAUAGAUCGGCAUUCCUCUUCUUUCUCUUAUAUGAGCAGAACAGAUAUAGUAAAUGUCUUUAAACACUUACCAAUACAUCCUACACUUUGGCACCUGUAUGGCAUCCAAUGGAAAGGCUUAUACUACUUCUUCUCCCGUCUAACUUUUGGUUCUAAAAGUAGCCCCAAAACCUUUGACAUACUUGCCGAAACAUUAUGUUGGUUACUCCUCAAUAUUUUUAUUUUAUAACAGAUGUACCACAGUCAUCCUCUACUUAGAUGACUAUCUUAUGAUAGAAGAUAAAACUUUCCCCUCCUGAGCAGUCUCAGAGAAGCUAUUAGCCUUUUUCAACAAUUGGAAGUUCCAGUAUCACCUAAAGAAAAACAGAAGGUCCAGACACCAUUAUUAACUUCCUAGGUAUUCAACUAGAUUCCAUUUACAUGCAGGCCAGUCUACCCAAGGACAAAGUAAACCACAUACUUGCAUGCAUUAAGCAAUACCUUCACUUAGGUUCAUGCAAUCGCAAAGAAUUGCAAUCACUAUUAGGUUCUCUAAAUUUUGAAAUGAGGAUUAUUCCUCAAGGUCAAUCAUUCAUAUGUAGAUUACUAUGUCUUUUUCUUUACCUUCCUAAUGAUGACAGUCGAAUCACACUAGAUGCCCAAGCCACAGCAGACCUGCUUAUGUGGCAUAGAUUCCUAAUUACAUGGAAUAGGAAAAACUUGUGUCUUCCUGAACAUUCACCAAUCAUUUGGACAGAUGCUGCGUCUACCAGAGGUUUCGCAGCCAUAUAUGGUAAUGAAUGGCUCUGGGGUAGAUGGCCAGCAGAAGUCCAGAACAUUGAAAGUUUUUCUACUACUUUUGCACUAUUUGAGAUAUAGUAGCGGCUGCUGGAGCUUGGGGUUAUCAGGAUAGCACUUACAAGAGCUAGUGAUAUAACUGGUAUAGUUGUUCACUACAAUCACAAGGCUGAUUGAGGGUGAAAUAGAACUGUUUAAUGGAACCCACAACUGGCCUUAUAUGCAAGUCCCCAUGCAAGGGGUUUUCAGUCCUACGUGGGGGGGGGUAGGCUUAGUGUGAGCUAACCCCCGAAUGCACAAUAUUACAUGCAGGGAAUUCACCCGAUACCGUGCUUGUCCACUGGCCCCCACAGCCAGACCAAUUCCAUUUGGGCCAGAAAUGUCCAUUCUGCCUGCCCCAGGCAUUGAUAAGAGCCCAGCUGCGACUUCCAUUACUCUUGUAGCUCUUGGCACCGCUAGUGAUGACCUGAGUGGAGGGUGAUGUCGAGUAAACGCUCUCGGGUGAUGUGGGAUAAGCUUCGGGUUAUGUCCCCUCGUGCUCUCAGCCUGAGAGUGCGGUGGCAGGUAGUGGCCACCCUGGUAUCUUGGCAGGCAUUUGGAGAUCGGUACAGCAUUGUGGCAGCCCGCCAGUGCAUCUGCGCCACGGACUCUUUCCCAGUGUGAAAUGGCUCUACCCAGUAGUGAAAGUGAUUAUAGCUGGUAUAGGUUCCCCCCAUACAUUGGUGGAGACUGAAUGCUGGGAGUAAAUCUGUUUAUUUUAGGCAAGCACUCUCAAUUUAUAUAGACUCCCCACUGUUCGUAUAGCUGGUCAGGAACUGGGAUGGGCAGCGGUUCCAUCUUCAUCAGUGUUCGCGCGAGUGCCUAGCCGAAAAGAGUUCCAGGCACUCGACGACCAUGUACCGCUGCCUGAAUUCGGGAGACAAAAUGGCUGCCAUCCAUUCUAUCGACCACCUGCGUUCGGUUGCAUGAAAUGGCGGCCACCCAAGGAGGGCAUUCAUUAAUUGUUUCCUUUGUAGUUUUGCAUUUGUUAACGGGUGUUCCACGUUCUAAUGAGAUGCUGGGGUUGUCCUCAUUCGGUAGCCGAACUAAGGAAGUUCAAAUACAUUUUUUAAAAGGAAAUAUUACCAGUACAAGUGAUGGGGUAUUCCUUGACAAGCAUACUCCCUUGUUGCAGGCUUGAGUUUGGAUGUCAUCUGCUUAGUCAGGCCUAACUUGGUACGUAGGGUAACAGGAGGUGAGUUGUCCAGAAAACAUUGAAAAUCCUAUCCAGCCGCAUCUCAAUUGACUCCAUCGGGUCUUGCAUUGUAGCGGUGUAUAUUGCGCUGCCAUCUGGGAUCGAGGUUGUAAGUCUUGUGUAAUCUGGCUGCCUGCACGAUCACAGGCCCUCCUGCUGUAGAGUGGCAAUAGCCAGUGAGCAGGUGCUGGGAUAACCCCUACCGGCUGGGGUGGGGGGGAACACCUACAGCCUACACUGGCUCCCGCACGAAUAUCAGCGGGGAGAUCGGCCGCCUCUCCCCCUCCGCUUGCAAGCCUCAGUGAAGUGUCAGGGUUAGACUGCCUGUCGAGCGACAAAACGCCUCCAAAUGUGCCUCAAGAUAAUGCAAAGUGCCUCUGCUACAGUUGGUAUUGAUUUUGUGUUGUAUAAGUCGAUAUAAAUGCUUAACUUGGAGAGCUUCAUCUGGAGCUCAUGUUAGUUGUGUCCACUCAGCUUAUAGGUCAAACCCCCCCCAUAUUUAAAUAUUUUUAAUGAUUGGAGCUGUCAGAUGCCCUAGAGGUGGAAGAUAAAAUACAAAACUUCUAGCAAUUUCACUUUAAAUUACAUAUAAAAUAUUGUGCCCCCCUACUUUGGCUAACUUUAUUUCAAGACCUAGACUAAUUUCCCUUCUAGAAUAUUUUUAUUUAUUUAUUUUUAGCCUGGUUUGCCUGUGAUUUUAGUGAGUGUUUAUGCAUGCAGUUAAUUUGCUCAUUGCCUAAUCAAUCUUUUUUUGUUAGAUCUGUUUUAGUAAGCGACAUCUUGUAUAGUUUCAAUAGGGAAGUUGUACGAUGCAGGAGCAUUGUUCAGAGUUUGAUAUGGUGAUCAGUUUCAGCAAUCUCAAAAAACCUAGAAUGAAUUUAAAAAUAUCAUUGAGACAGGACCACCAAAUAUGCAGCUUCCCAACAUAGCUCCGUCAUUCGUCAGAAACCCCCUUUGGUUUCUAUACCAUUUUGUGAUGUGUAUUUUUGUGUGUAUAAUUAUCUCACACAAAACAGUCACAUGUAUUGUUGAAUAAAAAGACUAUGGCUAUUGUUUUUCUUUCCCUCAAUAGCCAUGUUAAAGAGUUACCACAGCCACUAUGACUACUUCAUGGUGGUAGGAGUAUGGAUGUGCAGGGUUUCAGCUUGAACACCCAGAGAUAUUUUUAAUUGUGUGCUGGGAGCAAGUUACACCUGCAGCACACGUGACUUCGGCAGCCUAAUGUCAAUUCUGUGAAUAAAUUACGUCUGUUCACUGCAUGCUGGGAAGAGAUAUAACUGCUUUGCCGGGCACUGGAUUAAAGGAAGUAAACUUUAGUUUAAAACGCUCUUUGUGAGUUUUUCUGGUGUGCUAAUAUGUUUUAUACCCCACCUCCUAUAGACUAUAAGCUCGUUUUAGCAGGGUCCUCUUCAAUCUAUCGUUCCUGUAAGCUUUCUUGUAAUUGUCCUAUUUAUAGUUAAAUCCCCCCUCUCAUAAUAAUGUAAAGCGCUACGGAAUGCCAAUAGGGCAUUAUUCUAUUAAAAAGGGUUAGAGAAACUAUUUAAAAAAUAAAUAAAAAUUUGGAACAUACAGGUAGCCUCCAUAUGCUAUACUGCUUACUCUCAUGAUUCCUUCGGAUUACCUAACUGCUUUUGUAUAUAUUUGUAUAUCCUACAUUCAUUGUAAUUGAUUUCAAAUGAUUUAUGAAGGUGAGAAGUGUUUAAACUCAGGAUUUCCACUUACUCUUCCGUUGUUUUUGUUUUUUUGGUUUCAGUAUCUAAAAGGACAACCUUCGCCAAGAGUCUUUUCAACACAUAUGUUUUAUGAUCACUUGCCUAAAUCCUUUUUUGAAAAGAAAGUGAAGGUGAGGUCUCCAGUUCCAUGUGUCUUAUUUAAGCUGUUAUUUGUUCAAUACUGUAAUGUUUUAAAGGGUUUUUUUUUUGUUUUUGUUUGUUGUUAACCCCAGCUUUUUCCAUCGUGCUCACCUAUACUAUUUUUCCUUAAUUUUUAAGUAUAGUCCUAAGUGACACACUUUGAGCUACUUCCAUGGUUGAAAAUGCUUAAAAAUGCAAAUAAACACUUUCUUGGCACAAGAUUUAUUUAUUUAUUUAUUUAUUUAUUUAUUUUUUGGACAUCAAAAAAAAAAAAAGAGAACAAAUACCACUAAAACAGCAGUUGUGAAGAAUUGCUACUCAAACUAUCUAGUUGCUUCCAAAGUAUAUUAGAUUUUACUCUCUAUCGAGCUGUAAGCGUUUGUUUUGGUUAAAUCACAGGAAAUCAAUGCACAUUAUUUAUAAUUUCCAAUUUUUACAUGUUACUAAAAGAUUGAACAUGAUUAAGAUUUACAUUUUACUUUGUCCUCUUCUUCAGAUUCUAUUAAUGCUCCGUAAUCCAAAAGAUACAGCAGCGUCAUAUUAUCAUUUUUUCAACACCAAUCCUGUCCUUCCUUCAUUUGAAACAUGGGAAUUGUUUUUCAAGGCAUAUAUGGAAGGAAAAGGUAAUGUUGUGUAAACCAGCACUGCUGAAAGAAAUACCAUAAAAUAUAGUUUUACAGAUAUAUCCCAUUUAAUAAAUGAUAAACACAUACAGAAUUAUAGAGGUCAUCUUCUUAAGAAGCCGCAUAGCCUCUGUUUUUGAGAGGGCUCAUACAUUCUCUGCCUCUAUAUGUGGUUGUGAGUCAUUGUUGGAUUAACCAUAAGUCAACCAAAGGUGGCCACCAAGGGCCUAGCAUUACACAGGUACCUGGGGUGCCAAGGAGAUAUCACAAUUCCUAUAUUAAGAAUGAAGGGAAGCUCUUCAACUGGCAACCUGAAUAGGGCCCUGUGGGACUUUCUCUUCUGUUUUUCUGCUUGUUAGGUGACUUUUGGUUGCCUAACUGAUGCUGGACAUCCAGUGUCAGUGAAAACCCAAUAAGAAAGCAUUUGAUUCAAUGCUUUCCUAUAUGGAGGGCCUAAUGCACUUACUUGUGCAUGCGCAUUAGGCCCCCUUCAAUGACUUCGGAGCGCAGAGCCGGCGCCGAGGCACUUCGGCACUGGGAUUAGGCAAAUAAAGGGUUUUUAACCCAUUAUUGGCUGUGGGUGCGAGGGAGGAGAGAGGCAGAGGGAACUAUAGUGUUAGGAAUUCAGGUUUGUAUUCCUAACACUAUAGUAUCCCUUUAAGAAGACUGCAGUCGGAAAUGUCCCUGUAACAUUUCAUAGUUCGCUAUGGGUAUUACAGACAGGGCUGCCAUCAGGGGGUGACAACCAUAACGGUUGUCACGGGCCCGGCGGCCCUGGGGGCCCACGUUUAGUGGUGGAAUUGCCGCCGGUGCGCUUGCAUCGGCGCCUGCACGCUGAUGGGGCCCAUUGGGUGGCCCACGCACUUAGGGCCACCCGAUGAGCCCUAUAUCUGCAGGGGCCCGGUCACUUCCUCCCAGCUCACUCCGCGUGGGAGGAGCGCGCGCCCGGCAGUGAAGAGGGAGAGACAGCCGACUCCCAGUCCUAUCAGCCCCAGCCACCCUCCUGCAAAGAAAAGGUAAGAGACAGGAGGGUGGCUGGAAAAUGAGCUGUCUGUAUGCAUGUCUGUAUGUCUGCAUGCAUGCAUGUAUGUCUGCAUGUCAUUAUGAACGUGUGUAUGUAUGAAUGUCAGUGUCUGUAUGUAUGCCAGUAUGAAUGUAUGUCUAUGUCAUUAUGAAUGUAUGUAUGUGUGUAUAGAUGUCCGUAUGAAUGUAUGUCAUUAUGAAUGUGUCUGUAUGUCCUUAUGCAUUUGUGUCUGAAGGUAUGUUAGUAUGUCUGUCACUAUGUACGCCUGUGUGACUUUAUAUGUAUGUAUGUCUCAGUAUGUGUGUGUCAGUAUGUAUGCGUAUCAGUAUGUGUGUCUGUUAGUAUGUAUCAGUGUGUGUGUGUGUGUAUCUGUGUCCUUCCUCCUGUAUCAGUGAAUGUGUUUGUGUCUGUGUGUGUAUUCCUGUGGGCGGGAUUUGGGGACGGUUUUGGAGGCGGGCCCAGACCCUGAGCUCAGUUAGGGGCCCCAAAAUUUCUGGUGGCGGCCCUGAUUACAGACACGAUGGUGCAGUAGGCUAGUGAUUUUCUAUAUCGGAAGGAAAAUAUCCUUAAUUUGACUUUGUCUAAAAUACUUUCUCUUUGUGCUAGUGUGUUUUGGAUCAUAUUUUGAUUACACUCUUGACUGGAACAAACAUGUAGAUGAAGAAAACAUUAUGGUGGCCACAUUUGAAGGUCUGAAAGAGGUGAGUUCAUGAGCAAUUUAUUAUAUUUAGAGGGUUAUGCAAAUAAGAAUAGUCACUUUGCAAUUCUGAAUUAAUGGAUUACAAAAUUAAAAUAGUUAUUGUUCUUAUUAUUAUUAUGUGAAUGAUGACAGUUGCUACCCGUAUAUGUUGAUAAUUGUUAAAAUUAAAAGGAAAUUGUGGAGAAUAACCAAGGAACAUGUUAGGUCCAAAUAUCCCAGCUGGAAAAUAUAUUUUUAUUUUUUUCAGUUUAGGUACAGUUGCAAGAAAAAGUAUGUGAACCCUUUGGAAUGAUAUGGAUUUCUGCACAAAUUGGUCACAAAAUGUGAUCUGAUCAUCAUCUAAGUCACAACAAUAGACAAUCACAGUCUGCUUAAACUAAUAACACAAGAAUGAAAUGUUGCCAUGUUUUUAUUGAACACACCAUGUAAACAUUCACAGUGCAGGUGGAAAAAGUAUGUGAACCCUUGGAUUCAAUAACUGAUUGAACCUCCUUUUGGCAGCAAUAACUUCAACCAAACGUUUCCUGUAGUUGCAGAUCAGACGUGCACAACGGUCAGAAGUAAUUCUUAACCAUUCCUCUUUACAGAACUGUUUCAGUUCAGCAAUAUUCUUGGGAUGUCUGGUGUGAAUAGCUUUCUUGAGGUCAUGCCACAGCAUCUCAAUUGGGUUGAGGUCAGGACUCUGACUGGGCCACUUCAGAAGGUGUAUUUUCUUCUGUUUAAGCCAUUCUGUUGUUGAGUUACUUCUAUGCUUUGGGUCAUUGUCCUGUUGCAACACCCAUCUUCUGUUGAGCUUCAGCUGGUAGACAGAUGGCCUUAAGUUCUCCUGCAAAAUGUCUUGAUAAACCUGGAAAUUCAUUUUUCCUUCGAUGAUAGCAAUCCGUCCAGGCCCUCACGCAGCAAAGCAGCCCCAAACCAUGAUGCCUCUACCACCAUAUUUCACAGUUGGGAUGAGGUUUUGAUGUUGGUGUGCUGUGCCUUUUUUUUUGCCACAUAUAGUGUUGUUGUGUGUUUCUUCCAAACAACUCAACUUUGGUUUCAUCUAUCCACAGAAUAUUUUGCCAGUACUGCUGUAUAACAUCCAGGUGCUCUUGUGCAAACUGUAAACGUGCAGCAAUAUUUUGUUUGGACAGCAGUGGCUUCCUCUGUGGUAUCCUCCCAUGAAAUCCAUUCUUGUUUAGUGUUUUACGUAUUGUAGAUUCGCUAACAGGAAUGUUAGCAUUUGCCAGUGACUUUUGUAAGUCUUUAGCUGACACUCUAGGAUUCUUCUUCACCUCAUUGAGCAGUCUGCGCUGUGCUCUUGCAGUCAUCUUUACAGGACGGCCACUCCUAGGGAGAGUAGCAGCAGUGCUGAACUUUCUCCAUUUAUAGACAAUUUGUCUUACCGUGGACUGAUGAAUAGCAAGGCUUUUGGAGAUACUUUUAUAACCCUUUCCAGCUUUAUGCAAGUCAACAAUUCUUAAUCGUAGGUCUUCUGAGAGCUCUUUUGUGCGAGGCAUCAUUCACAUCAGGCAAUGCUUCUUGUGAAAAGCAAACCCAGAACUGGUGUGUGUUUUUUAUAGGGCAGGGCAGCUGUAACCAACACCUCCAAUCUCAUCUCAUUGAUUGGACUCCAGUUGGCUGACAUCUCACUCCAAUUAGCUCUUGGAGAUGUCAUUAGUCUAGGGGUUCACAUACUUUUCCCACCUGCACUGUGAAUGUUUACAUGGUGUGUUCAAUAAAAACAUGGCAACAUUUCAUUCUUUGUGUGUUAUUAGUUUUAGCAGACUGUGAUUGUCUAUUGUUGUGACUUAGAUGAUGAUCAGAUCACAUUUUAUGACCAAUUUGUGCAGAAAUCCAUAUCAUUCCAAAGGGUGCACAUACUUUUUCUUGCAACUGUAUAUUGGUUUAAAAAUUGUAAUAGUCUUGUUAAUUCUGUACACUACAAAGUGUGUUUUUUUUUUUUUUCUCAUAAUUAAAUCUCCACAAGAAUCUAUUGUACCUUUUAUAGAUAUAACUUUUGAUUUUAAUUCUCAUACUAUAACAUGCUUUAAGUCAAAUGGGGAGAAAAAAACAGUCUUUCUGAAAAUUCUUAUUUGAACCAGAUGCAUGUAAGUUAUGUUUUCCAAACUGUUAAAUAUGCAUGACAUGCUACGUAAAAAAAAAAAAAAAAGUUGUCAACCCAAAAUGCACCGACUUUCACAAAGCUGCUGAAAUUGAGUUGGGUCAGUUCUUCAUAUCAUCAGGGUAUCCGGUAAAUAUUGAAUAAACAUUCUAUUCAUAGGAUAGAUAUGUAUUAUCUUCUAGUUAAUCCUGUACCUCUCAAAAUAAAACUCUCUUAAAUCUUGACAAACCAAGAAUUUGUAAAAUAGAUUUUAAAAGUUUUUACAAACUGAUUAGUGUAUCAAGAAAAUGUAUCAAAACAUGGCUGCUCUUUUAGCAUGAGCUAUUUACACCUCCUACAAUGUAGCAGCAAUGCAGUGUGGGUGCUUCCUCGUCUUCUUAGAAGAUCCUACCCCUACACCCUCCUAUUUUAGGAAGAUCACACCUAUUACAUCCCCCUAGAUCAGUGGUUCUCAAACCUGUCCUCAUGGCCCACCAACAGUCCAGGAUUUAUGUAUUUCCCUGUUUUAUUCCAAUGGAGACAUUAAUAAAACCUGGACUAUUGGUGGGUCUUGAGGACUGUUUGAGAACCUCUGCCCCAGAUAAAUGUUAGAGAUAUGAUUUGUUAUAUGCUUUGACCAUGCUGUAUGCACAAGCUUGUUCAUGUUUAUUGCGAAAAAUUUGUAAACCGAAACGUGGUUUCCCAUAGGAAUGCAUUGAAAACCAAUUAAUCCGUUCUGGAGGUCAGAAAAAGUCAAAAUGAGCUGGCAUGGAAACCAACCCACAAUGCAGAACACACAAUAAAAGGCAUGCAAACAUCGAAGCUCAGCUCCCUACCUUUCCAAAGCUUGAGAAAUGCACCAAAAAUUCGCAAUAAAACUGCAAACAAUUUCCAGAAUGGCUCCAGAACUCGAUGCAAAAACCGCUCCAAUACCUCCACACUCGACGCCAUGUGCUACCCACAGGCACCAGCAUGCAGGGGGCCGUGCUAUAAACCUCCCAGGUGCAAUGAAUCCCGGAGAAACUUGCUUUGUAUUGCGAAAAAAAAAUGUAAAUCAAGGCAUUAUUUUCAAUGGAUUUUCAUUUGUAAACCGAAAAUUAUGUUAAAGGACCACUAUAGGCACCCAGACCACUUCAGCUUAAUGAAGUGGUCUGGGUGCCUGGUCCAGCUAGAGUUAACCCAUUUUUUCAUAAACAUAGCAGUUUCAGAGAAACUGCUAUGUUUACACUGAGGGUUAAUCCAGCCUCUAGAGCCUCUAGUGGCUGUCUCAUUGACAGCCGCUAAAGGCGCUUGUGUGCUUCACUGUGAAAAUCACAGUGAGAAGACUCCAGUGUCCAUAGGAAAGCAUUGUGAAUGCUUUCCUAUGAACUGGCUAAAUGCGUGCGUGCACCCUUGCGCGCAUGCGCAUUCAGCCGAUGACGUCGCUAGGAAGAAGGAGGAAAACGAGUAUGUUUUCCUGGCACUAUAGUGGUCCUUUAACUGAGGCGUUUGUAAACCGAGGUCCCACUGUAAUUUGAGACAGAGGAGUUAGACGAAGGAACAGUAUGUUGAUACAGUACAGUGUUCCUUUAAAGGAUGUUGGAAGAAGAGUACAUAUGGAAGUGUGUUUGUGAUAACAAGCAUGACUAUUUAUAACUACCAUAAUGUUGUGUAUUGCAUUUUGUAUAAACAUAGUUUAGGCAGUGAAACCAUUUGGCCUGUUACAUAUUGACCAUCUCAAAUGGUUGCGAACUACCAUUGUACAAUAAUGCACAGGUUUUGGGACCUUUUAUAAUAAAAUAUUUUUGUUUUGGGGGAAAAAAUAAUAAUUUUUUUCUCUUUCCCAUGACACGUUUAUAUUAACACAUUUUGUUAUUUUUAUUUCUUUAUUUUAUAGGAUUUUAAAUCCGAACUUCAGAAAAUAUCUGAUUUCUUUGGACUGUCUUUGACAGACGAGCAAAUUUCGUUGGUUGAAAGUAAAACUAAUUUUAAAACCAUGAAAGAAAAUUCUUCCAAUACACAUGGAAAACUUGGUAACGUUUUCUUUCGAAAAGGUAAGCAGUAAAAUAACUCCAUAUUAGAAUAGGUUAUAUUAACCCCUUAGGGACAAAAGCAAUUGUACACUUUCUAAUCAAAACAAAAUUUGAAAUGUGCUCUUUAUGUCUGUUCAACCGUAAUGUAUCUAUUUUCAUAUUAAAUGCACCCACACUGAUAAUAUACUUAUUAUAAAUCAUUGUGUGUAGUAGAAACAGAGCUUUCAUUUCUUAUCUAAUAUUCGUAUAUUAAACAUAAUUUAAUAUGAAUAAAAUAAAGAAUUUGAGAUGUUGUUUUUCAAGUUCUGCAUGCCAUUUUAACAGUGCAAGCCAUAAUACUGUUAGCUGUUGCUGCAGCAGAGAAAUUACAAAUCUGUGGUUGCAGCAGAGAAAUCUACAGAAACUAGUCCUUUCCUUGAGGAACUAGCUCUCUCCUUCAGGAACAGCAUUACUCAUAAUGGUUAUUAUGCUAGGAGUGCUCUGGCACUGUACCCUCCUAAUGGGGCAAACUGCUCACUAACACACUCUCGCUGACAUGCAUAGUGUCACUUACACAUUCUCACUAAUACACACUCUCACUCACUUUUACAGUGUCACUUCCACACCAGUGUUAAUUUUGACGGCACAUUUCAAUUUGAUUUUAGUCCGUCUUUUGACGAAAAACACGUUUUAUUCGUAUUUUAAUCAUCUGAAUAGUUUUAGUUUAGCAUUCGUCGACUAAAAUUCCAGUAGGUUCUAGUCCACUAAAUCUACUGAAGCUUUUAGUCAACACGACUAAAAUCUAAUGGGUUUAAAUAAAGCCUCUAUCUGUCUCUUUAGCCCCUUCCACAGCCCCAUUGUGCAGUGUUAAUUUUGGCAGACUAUGACUUAAACUAAAUUUCAAUUUAGAUUUAGUCAUAGUCUUUUGAUUAAAAUUCAGUUUUAGUCGUAUUUUAGUCAUUUGAAUUGUUUUAGUCGACUAAAUCUCAAAAAUUUUGAAAUUAACACUGUUGCAUACUCCCUAACACACCCUGUCAUUUAAACCAAACUCACACCACCUUUCAUAUAUCAUACUUUAUUUACACACAAACACAGCAAUUUACAACCAUGCGCUGGGAUUGGCUAAGAAGCUGCUCACCCAACACACCAGCCCUAGACAGCAGUUGGGCAUCCCACAAUGAAACCUUCCCGUAAACUCCCCCAAGAGGUCUGCUCCCCAGGCAAAUGCCUUAUUUGUCUAAUGGUAGUACUGGCCCUUGUUCCAGUCAAGUAAUGUAUUUCAAUUUAAGUUCAGCUGUAUCUUGAAAUGUAUUUGUAUAAUCCAUAUAAUAGUAUGAAAAAAUAUUGAGUAUCUGCAGAGUUUUCAUUGCUUAUCGUAUUUUCUUUUGAAAGGAGAAAUAGGUGACUGGAAAAACCAUUUCAAUGAAGAGCAGAGCAAAGAACUGGAUGCAAAAUUUGAAGAGAAGCUCGCAGGAACAAAACUGGGAGAGAAGAUAAAUUACAAUAAAUAUUGCAAGUUUUAA